AUGAGGACCGGACCGACGACGCUCCGGAGCUUUCAAUUGGAUGCAGAUUGCGGGCAGCACGUCGUGACGUCGAUCAAGCUCAGCCACAACUCUGAGCUGGGAAUGUCGGCAACGUGCACGGCUGCCAGCACCUAUGGAGAUCCCAUUUCACACACGAUCCCAGUGCCGGGCGCGGUCACCAUCACCAGCGUCAGCGAAGGCACGUGCAUGAGCAUCAACCGCAUCAUCCCCUGGAGACUCGUCGAGCAGCACAGCUCCGGGUGCAUGGAUGACUCCGGGAACGCCGCGAGAAACGUCUACGUGCACAAAUGCCACAACGGGAACAACCAGCUGUGGUACAUGCUGGGUGGGAACAUCUUCACGCUGCGUGACCACAAGUGCUUGGACUACUCCAUGGACGGCUCAGACAACGUCUACAUGCACGAGUGCCAUGACGGUGCCAACCAGAAGUGGUACUUUGAUGAGGACAAAAAAGCCAUCCGCAGCGAGCACGACCACCGAUGCCUGGACAUGUCCCUCAACCCGUGGGGUAACCUCUAUGUGCACGACUGCCACUUCAAAACGAAUCAACAGUUUGUACGAGAGGAGAUGUCGAGCAAGGCCUUUACCAUGGGCCUCCACCUUGACUGCACGGACGCUGACUCCCAGCAGAUCACCGUCGAGCCUGUGGGGAGCCAUUCCAAGUUCCGGCUCAGGCGCCAUCCGCACACGCUGCCCAAGGAGUGGACCUACGACUCCACGAAGAAGAUCAUCAAGAAGAGCGGCGCCAACAAGUGCCUGGAAGCUCAGGGCCGCGGCCGGGUGGAAGAGGUGGGCUGCUCGGAGCGCAUCGAGCAGCAGUGGACCAUGUCGCAUGGACUACCCGGCCUUGUUGACGCACCCAUGCAAUGCCCCGGAGACCAGGUCAUCAGCUAUGUGAGGAAGACGCACGCCCAGCUCGAGUACAAGUGCAGCCACGUCUCCUCGCUGGGCAUGUGCACGCCGCACUACUCGACGCAAGUCGAGACGAAGUCCCCGGAGCUGGAGCAGAUCAAGGCCCUACGCCAGCUCGGCGCCUUCUGCCCACCUGGCGAAGGCCUCAAGAGCUUCGAGAGCGAGGCCUCCGACAAAGGUGCCUGGAUCCGCUUCAAGUACGAAUGCUGCCAGAUCAGCCGCGUUCCGGUCUCCAUAUACCCUCUGAUGACCGGUGCCGAGAAGAGGGAUUUUGACCCCGGCAUGGCACAAGCUUGGGAAGGCGUCUACUGUCCAAGUGCCAGCAGCAACGGCCGGCUGGACUUCUCUCAGAGGAGGAGCUUCAAACCGGGACAAAGUGCGUCAGGCACUUUGAAAUAUGACAAGAACGACGGCGAGUGGUGUCUAUCCGGCAAGGAUUGCGCCCACUCAGAU